GUGUUCUACAGUACACGUGGAUUUGCCUAAAGUUAUCGAGUGUCUGGAUGAAAUCAGCGAAUGGGCCGAUACGUCUUCAUCUAGUAUGGCUGUCCAGCUCCGCGCAGCGUUGACAGACCCCUUUUUCCUUGUGGCUGUUUUCUGUCUUAGUGAUGUUCUCGCGACCACCUUGCCUGUCAGUAAACUGUUACAGAAGUCCUCACUCACUUUGGACGUAGCGACGUCAGAAAUAUCUAACCUUGUGUCGGUUUUGUCUUCGCGCCGUGAGAAUAAUGUUGAGCACUUCAAAGGCAUCUGGAAGAAAAUCGAAGACAUGACCAAAAUUCUUGAUGUCGUCAUUCGAAUUCCAAGAAGAUGUAUCCGUCAAGGAUUCCGAGAUAACUAUUCAACGGACUCACCGCAAGAGUACUUCCGUCUAGCCGUCUUCAAUCCUCUCCUUGACUUCAUUGUGAUGGACCUUAAAGACCGAUUUCCACCCGAAGUAAUACAAGUAUUCAAUUUACCUUGGCUUCUACCAGAGAAUAUGCUAAGUUCUGCGGCUGACUUGGACCUAAAACAAAAAGCCACACAGUUUGUAGACUCAUUUUUUUCAUUGUUGCCUUGCAGUAGUCCUGAAAUGGCAAAACUGCAGCUCAGCGCCGAAUUGGAAUUAUGGUACAGUAAGUGGUCGAGAGGGGAUCCAAACAACUUACCAAAGUCAAAGUCAUCUGCAGAUGUUCUUCAAUCUUGCGAUAAGGAGGCAUACCAGUUAAUUAACCACCUCUUAGUUAUUUUGACUACCCUCCCUGUGAGCAACGCAACCCCAGAAAGGUCAUUUUCAGGAUUGAGGCGUCUUAAGACGUGGCUAAGAAGCACAAUGCGCCAAGACCGCUUAACUGGAUUGGCCCUCAUGCUUACGCACAGAGAUGUUAAUGUAGAUAUUGAAAAAGUAAUAGAUAGAUUUGCUAAGACGAGAGGUGGUAAGCAUCGGCUAGAAUUUGCUUUAUAUUAAUUAAGCUUGACAGUG